ACUUCGAGCUAGGUGCAUUAGUGCAACAAAGGUUUCUAAUAUAAACUUAGCCUAAAAACCGCGCCCUCCCUUCUUGUUUCCCCCAAAUUGAGAGGAAUUGAGGAUCAAAUAAGAAUAUCGGAGAAAGAAAGACUUGGGGUAUAUUCAUAUUUUUCCAUAAAUUGAACCCACCCCUUCGCUAGGUAAGAUGUCAGCAUAUGACAAUGUUAUUGUUGGUAAGCUGAAACUAAAAGGAAAAGCCUUGGAUGUGAAGACUGGCGGCAUAAAGAAGAAGAAGAAACAAAAGAAACUUUAUGAUGAAGUUUCAGAAACAAAAGAAGAUGAGAAGAUAGAAACAAAAGAAGGUGCAAAUGCAGAAUCUGCUCUUACCAAUGUAGAGGAGAACAACAAUAAUGAAUCAGACAAGUCAACGGGAAAAGGGAAGGCCCCAAACUUUGCUGAUCAUCUGACGCCAGCUGAAAAACGAUACAUAGAGCAGAGAGAGCAGCUUGAUGUCCAGAAGUAUUCAAAAAUGUCAAAGAAUUCCCAUCGUGACCGUCUAGAUGACUUCAAUCAGUAUCUAGCCAACUUGAGUGAGCAUUAUGACAUUCCAAAAGUUGGACCUGGCUAAGUAUCUUGUUUAUUUCACGCUUCAAAACAGUUCAUUAUCAGACUCUUUGUACAUUGGGCAGUAAAUCGUUUCUAGGUUUCUGGUUGCUAGGUAUUGCGUUUUAAAAAAAUUCUUUCAAGUAUUUGUAUUUACAAUAUUCCUGUAAUAAGAGCUUGUAACCUUGUGCAAUAUCUUAUCUUAAUUUUACUUGCUUCAGACUAUUAUUACUGUCCAGCUGACCAGAACUCCUGCAAUCACUCAAUUCUGAAUGACAAAUUUCAUUCAAGUUAACAUUUUUUUU